AUGGCCGGGGCCCCUGGACCACGCGGCACUGGCGUCCGCCGCGUACCAUUGAGGCGCGUCGCGCAGUCAACUUCAAGUUCUUCUUGCCCUUGUUGCUGCGACAAUUCUCACUGGGGGAGGAAGGACAAAAAAGUUGUAGCGAAGCUGAAGCUCGACCUCUUUGUCAAAUCCUUGAAGUCUGGAGCCAUGUUAGGUGAUGCGUUGGGGGAUGAUGAUCAGAGUGUGUCCGGUGAUUCCAUGUCUGAAUGGCGGUCCUGUGACCAGGUCGACAAUGGGAGCCCGUCGACGUCCCCUCCCUUCUGGGACACUGAUGGCGAAGAUGAUGAUCCUGGGCCCUGUCCUUCAAAUUUAUUCGGGCGACAUACUUGGAGAAUUCAGAACUUCUCAAAGGAGAAGAAGAGAGAAAUGAAAAGUGAACCAUUUGAAGCUGGUGGUUUUAAGUGGUACAUUCUAGUUUACCCUCAAGGGUGUGAUGUCUCCAAUCACUUGUCAUUGUUUCUAUGUGUUGCUGAUCAUGACAAACUCCUUCCAGGAUGGAGCCAGUUUGCACAGUUCACCAUAGCUGUUGGCAAUCUCGACCCUAAGAAAGUUAAAUAUUCUGACACCUUGCACAAAUUCUGGAAGAAGGAGCAUGAUUGGGGAUGGAAGAAGUUCAUGGAGUUGUCAAAGAUCCAAGAUGGUUUUCUUGUUAAUGAUGUUCUCGAAAUCAUAGCCCAAGUUCAAGUUAUUAGGGAGAAAGUGGACCGCCCAUUUCGUUGCCUUGAGCGUCCUUAUCGACGAGAAUUACUCCGUGUCUAUAUGACAAAUAUAGAGCAAAUUUACCGUCGCUUUGUUGAAGAACACAGAAGUAAACUUAGCAAUCUCAUUGAGGACAAAAUGAGAUGGUCCGGUUUUUGUGCUUUCUGGCUUGCAAUUGACACAAGCACAAGAUAUCGCAUGUCCAGAGAGAAGAGUGACGUCAUAUUGAAAAUAAUUGUGAAGCAUUUCUUCGUAGAGAAAGAAGUCACUUCAACACUAGUUAUGGACUCCCUGCAUACGGGGCUGAAGGCACUUGAGCACCAGUGCAGGGGAAAGAAAGGUAGAGGAAAAUUAAUGGACUUGGAGGAGUUAUCUGCGCCUAUGGUCCAUGUUGACAUGGACACAUUUGCUUUAGCUGGUGAUGUCCUAGCUUUGCUUGAGAGGGCAGCUUUAGAACCCUUGCCUUGUCAACCUCUAUCUCCAAAGGAUGACAAAUGUUCCCAGAGCCGCACUAAGGCUGGUAAUUCUGGCGAAGUUAAAGUUUCAAUUGAGCAUGAAGAAAAGCGCCUAACUGAGUUUGGUCAGAAGAUACUUGAAACAUUUGUUCUGUCUCAUAUAUUUAGUGGGAUUGAGGUCGCUUAUCAAGAAGCUGUCUCUUUGAAGAGGCAAGAAGAGCUUAUUCGUGAAGAGGAAGAAGCUGGGCUCCUUGAAAGUGAGAUGAAGGGGAAGCGCAACAAUACCACUGAAAAGGAGAAGCGUGCAAAGAAAAAACAGGCCAAACAAAAAAAGAACAAUCGGAAGGUUAAAGACAAGGAUAGAGAGGAAAAAUCUGAUUCAAAUUUUGCAGAGAAGGAUCAAGAUGAAAGCACAAUUCAUGAUAGUGAGGAUUCUAAGCAGGCAGGACAAGUAGCCAUGAAAGUUGAUACCUCCGAAGAAGGUGCUUCAGACAUCUCAGACAAUUUAGAUGGGUCAGCUGAGGUAUGUCAAACUGAUGCAGGUGACAAAAUUUCACAACCUGUGAAUGGGGUGAAUGAUGUUGGUAUUGAGAUGAAAAAUGUGCAUACUGGGAAGAACUCUACCGUGGAGCACAAGCCACUGCCGUGUUUAUCAGAAUCUGCUACUAUGAACAUUAUGCAAGGCAAAAAAAAUAACUUGCUAGACAGUUCUAGUCAGAAAUCACUUCAUAGAGGGAAAACUCCACGGACGAGGGUCAUAAGCAGCAAGAACGUUCCCAAAGAUGAGGAUGAUCUCCCCUCUAGCACUACUGGUGGUUCAGACCGCAAUACAUCUGGCUGUGGACCAGCACCAAAGCCUGACCAGGAGACUGUUCUAACCACCUUAAAAGAUAGGCUUCGGAAGCUUGGGCAACGCCUACAUGAGAAGGAAAAUGAGGGCAGGAAACUAGAGGGACAUUUGGAAAAGAAAGCAGCAGCUGAGGCAGUGUCCUCAUCAUCCUCAUCCAGUUCUUUGGAUAAGACUCCUAAUGUUGUGAACAGACCAGAGCAACCUUCCGUGACUAGUCCUGAUGCAAGUAUGUAUGCACCACCUCAUUCUCAACCUGUAAUCACCAAUGGUGCUAACGGAGCCAUUCCAGCAACGCCCAAAACCACCGUAAGCACAAAAUCUGGACCUGCUGUUGCUCCAAGUAAGGUCAAACCAGCUUUGAAUCUGAAAAUAGAUAGAGCUACUUCAGUCACCCCAAGAUCGCUGCCAGUUGAUAAAGCUGCUACACUUCCUUCAACCUUGUCGCUAGCAAACAAAGCUAUUCCAGUUCCCCCCCAAUCGUCUACACCAUGGGUUGCUAAGGCCGCAAAAGGUAUUCCAGCCCCCCCAAAACCAUCUGCACAGUCUAAUAAGGUUACUAAAGCUGCUCCAGUUCCCGUGAAGUCACCUACACCACAGGUUGAAAAAGUUGCUAAAGCUAUUCCAGCUCUGUCAAAAUCACCUGCACCUCAGGUUAAUAAGGUCGCGCCACCUAAUGCAGCACCACGACAGUUGCCUUCGGUGUCUUAUUCAGAAGCUCGAAAAAGUGCAGUUCCCAAAAAGAUUGUUGGCACUUCUGUUCCGCGAACUUCUACUGCAGUAUCAAGGCCUUCAAGUGCUCCUCUGUUCCAGGCACCAAGGUCAACUUUGCCACCCAUACCCGGAGCUCAAGUUCCCCCAUCACAGUCACGUUCGUUGACUGCAUCUAGACGAUCCAGCAACGAGCCCUCUGCUCCUGUGCCAAGUUACGUACCGCAGUCCUACCGAAAUGCCAUCAUCGGUAAGGGUAGUCUUGAUACUACCUUGUCAAGUUCUGAUAAGGUAACCUCUCCAGGCCAAAGCAAUGCGAUUUCGCAGCCACUAUCAGCAUAUGCAUUGGGAACAUCUGCCAUGUUGCCUCCUGUUGGAAGGAAUGGCCAGUUACCCGGUAAUCAAGGAUUCAUGUCUGGGCAGGGCAAUUUGGAUACCCUUGAUAGCUGGCACCCAUGGAAAGGUAUCAGUGAUGCUAAAGAACACAUGCUGAGGGAUGAUACUACAUACCAACAGAUGACCAAUGGUGAUGCGCGCAUACUCCCAUGGAGUGACAAUUCUUAUCAGCAAGCAAGCAACAGUGGAACAGAAGAACAAGGCAGAUUUGGGGGAAUUCAACAUAGGCAGUUCGAGAAUGAGAUUCCUACAAAUUUUGACUCACACCAGCUGCAGGGUUCAGUGGGGGAGGAAUUCCCGCAUCUUGGCAUCAUCAAUGACUUACUUGAGGAGGAACAAAGCAAUGUGAGCAUGGCAGAGCCUCCUAUCCAUGAAUACCAUCCAUUCGGCUUGCCAUUUUCUCCGGGAGGCAACUUCACAGAGGCUGACAUGACUUCGUCAAGUAGUUCUGGCCAGUUGAACUUGAACGGCCAUUACUAUGACAGGCUGAAUGCUCUACACAGGCUGGGAGAGGGGCAAUUUUCCACAUUGGGUGCUUAUUCCAAUGGAAUGGCCGACUCCUUUUCAUCCAAGCCUUGGCUGUAUAGCUAUCCUAAUCCAAUGGUGAAUCCUGGAGUUAACGGGUUUUCGCAGCAGAUGGGGGACUACACCAAUUAUGCAAGUGGGAGAACGAAUGAGGAAUACAUGUAUCGCCGUGCCAACGGUCAAUGGUCCAAGGUCUGCUCAACCGUAACUUCUCAUUCUCCUUCUCAUUCCAAAAGGAGAGAAGAAAAAAGGAUACAUUAUGUAAAGUGUUGCAGUUUAGUCUAUUAA